AUGAAUCGUAGUCCAUGGAGGGACGAACUUGGUCCAAUAAUUAAUACACUUCGCAUUUUGGUGCGCAGCCAACUAGGCUACCAAAUGCGACACCUUGACUUCAAAGGGGGAAACUGGACACUGGACAGAUUUUGCGAUCUUUUUGAACGUGCCCAAACGAUUUCCACAAGUAUUAGGGAGGUCACGAAACUUGCUACAAGAGGGAUAUAUCCUGGUACAGCAGGUUACACCAUGCAAGACACAACUUUUAACGAUUCGUCGGGUCCUGCACACCGAACUUAUCAUGAAGAAGCUGGACCCUCUGACAAUAAAGCGUGGAAGGACGACGACAAUGGGUUAAGCAGAAAACAAGCUUUCGAAGGUGCAGCAUUGGAGUUUGACAAUAUUCCAAGGAACGGUGCAAAUAUUUCAUCAGUAGUUUCUCCGAAAUCAAAGUACUAUGAACCACGUUUGCCAGAGGGAUACCAAUUGAAAGCUGUUGAAAUGGAAUCCUUAAAUACUAAGAAUCGAGAGCGCAAAGUGCCGAGUUCUCGCAUAGCAAGAUUUGCUCAAUUUGGCCAGCUUGGAGUGAGUCUCAUUAUGGGUGCAGCUACGGAAGCCACCAAACGAACACUGGGAUUUAGUAAGUCUGCAAAUGCAUCGGCAGAAAGUAUUGUCUCUCCAACCGGAAAUCCAUUCAUGACGGAAGCGAAUGCUGAGAAGAUUGUACGUACUCUGUGUAGAGUGCGUGGCGCUGCGUUAAAGUUGGGUCAAAUGCUCAGCAUACAAGAUUCCGAUUUAAUAUCGCCAACGUUGCUCAAAAUAUUUGAGCGUGUUCGACACAAUGCUGAUUUCAUGCCAUUAUGGCAAGUUCACCGUCAAAUGUGUGAUUCAUUUGGUGAUAAUUGGCGUAUUAAAUUUGAAAGAUUUGAAGAUAUCCCGUUUGCGGCUGCAUCCAUCGGACAGGUUCACCAAGCCUGGCUGCCUAGUGGAGAGAAGGUUGCGUUAAAAAUUCAGUAUCCUGGCGUAUCAGCAGGCAUUGACUCAGACAUUGAUAAUUUAGUGACAAUACUGAACUAUGGGAAGUUCUUUCCGAAGGGCCUUUAUUUGGAAAAUUUUGCAACGGUGGCAAGAAAAGAAUUAAAAUUGGAAUGCGAUUACAAACGCGAAGCACGUGCUAUGAAAGAAUUCCAACGUUUAUUGGCCGAUGACGAACAUUUUUAUAUUCCCAAGAAAAUAAGCCUUUCGGUAUCCAUUACAACACAUGUGUUGACAACAGAGUUCAUGGAAGGUGUUCCUAUUGACAAAUGUAUAAAUGAGCCGCAAGAAGUUCGCAAUUAUAUUGCUUCUAAAUUUAUCGAGCUUUGUCUCCGCGAAAUUUUCGUCUGGAGGUUUAUGCAGACCGAUCCAAAUUGGUCUAAUUUCUAUCUUGGCAAACAUCCUACUGCAAGUGGUCCAAGGUUAAUUCUUUUGGAUUUUGGUGCAUCACGUUCGUAUCCCAAGAAAUUUGUUGACCAAUAUAUGAACAUUAUUCGUGCUGCUUAUGACAACGACAGGAACAAAAUUCUGGAAUAUUCGAGGAAAAUUGGUUUCUUAUCAGGAUACGAAUCAAAGGUAAUGGAAGAUGCUCAUUGUAAAUCAAUCAGUAUUCUGGGUGAGACGUUAGCAUCAACAACUCCAUAUGAUUUCUCGGAACAGAAUGUAACGAAACGAAUUCACACAUUAAUUCCGGUGAUGUUAAAACAUCGUCUGAUAUCACCUCCCGAUGAAAUCUAUUCACUACAUCGGAAACUUUCUGGAUCAUUUUUGUUGGCAUCUAAAUUGAAGGCAGUCGUUGCAUGCGGUGCUUUAUACGAGCAGAUUUAUGAAGAGUACAAAUUUGGUGAUAAUGCCGGCUCAGAAGACAUCGAUAUUGAUAAAUGA